ACCAUUUUAGGUUGAUAGAACGUGACAAAGUGUGUAUUGUAUCCACCAUGGAUAGAAUAAUCAAAGGAAUUACGAAAUAUAGGAAUUGCCAUAGGGAAGAAAUGGUGAAACAGUUUCAAAGAGUUCGAGAUCAUCCCGAACCAAAGGCAGUAUUCUUUACUUGCAUGGACUCCCGGAUGAUUCCAACUAGAUUUACGGAAACAAACGUUGGGGACAUGUUUGUCGUAAGAAAUGCCGGUAAUCUUAUUCCUCAUUCUCAGCAUUUCGUAGACGAGUUAACAAUGUGUGAGCCAGCGGCCUUAGAACUUGGUUGUGUAGUAAACAAUAUAAAACACAUUAUAGUUUGUGGCCAUAGCGAUUGCAAAGCUAUGAAUUUGCUGUAUGCUUUGCGGGACGAAGAAUUCGCAUCGAAAGUGAACAGAAGGAUAUCACCGUUAAGAGCAUGGUUGUGUGCACACGCUAGCAACAGUUUAGCGAAAUUUCAACAGCUUGAAGUUGCUGGCUUCCACGAGCCGAUAUUAUUUCAAGCUGAAACGCCUUUACGGAAGUUUGUGGCCUAUAUCGACUCAGACAAUAAAUUUGCUAUAGAGGAUAAGUUAUCUCAAAUAAAUACUCUACAGCAGUUACAAAACAUAGCUUCUUAUGGGUUUUUAAAGAAACGGCUUGAGAGGCAUGAUUUGCACAUUCAUGCUUUGUGGUUUGAUAUUUACACUGGUGAUAUUUAUUACUUUAGCAGGGCAAAUAAAAGAUUCGUAGAAAUAAACGAAUCGACCGAAGCGUCUUUGCUUGCAGAAAUUAAGAAAUAUUAUUCUUAAAUUGCUUAAUGCUAAAACGGUAACUUUUACUUAUAUAGGUGGGAAAUCGUUUCGUCGUUGAGAUUGAAUAAUUACGAUUCGUUGAACCUCCCUAGAAUGUUUAAACGUGGAGUGGGUGCGAGUUAGAUACUCGCUCAAUCGAAGACCGUGUAACGUACCUGAAUGUGAAAGUAGUGAAUUCUCUUCUAUUUUUUUCUUUUUUUUUUUUCUUAUUAAGAUUCAUAUUACAAACUCGUUUGCACAAAAUAGAUCGCCAUGACAGUGUUGAAGGAAUUUAUAAUAAGGAUAUUUGAUAUAGAUUUAUUUCUAAUAAUUCGCGGGGCAUAGUUUAAUUGUAUAUUAUUAUUAGUUUCACUGUAUAUUAUAGGGAGAUUUUUUUUAUGUAGCACGUGUUCGUUAACAUGUAAGGUGUAAAGGAAAAAUUAUUUAUUUAUCGAUGAGAUUUGCACUCAGCAGAAAAAUGAAACGUUAUUUUUGGAAUAAAUGAUAUAAUAUUUUUGAAAUGGUUAUACGAUAUAUACAAGGUUUUUUCACUGUGUAUUUAUAACAAUUUAUACAUGUGAUAGUAAAUAUUUCUACAAUUUAUGUAACUUGAUAUAAUUACUUGUAAUUUGAUAUAAUCACUGUGAUAGGUAUACAAAAUAUAAUUAUUGUUUUCGAUA